CCACGCGGUGUUCGAGAAAACCGGUCCCAUGUCGAUGUUGCGCGAAUCUUGGACUCUCACUUUCGGUUUGUGCGCGUCCGAUGUGAGGAUGCGGCCGCCGGCGCAGCUCUGGAUACUUUGCAUCACAGGCGUCCUGUGGUGCAGCCAGUCCUGGAACCAAGGAUCGAGCGCCUGGGCCGCCUCGACCGCCCUGGGGCAGCACUCGUCCAACGGCUCCAGUCCCGUCCGCAGCAAUGGCGGCUCGUGCCACAACGAAGAGGUGUCCGAGUGCGUGAGCAAGCUCGACCUGCUCUCGCAGAACAAGAGCCUGGCUUUCGCCACAACAGAGCCCGAACUCACGCGCAUCUGCGACCACCUGACGGGUGCCAUGGAAUGCGUGAACGGCUUCACGCAACGUUGCUUCAACGACAAGCAGCGCGACAUCUACAAGAGGCUGACAAGCGGAGCAGCACAGCUCAUUGAAGACUUCUGCCGCCAGGGCUCGCAGUUCAGGGAGACGUACCUGAAGCACUCCAAAUGCUACAAACAGCUCCAGGACGACUACAACAAGUGCGCCUCCGUGUACAUGCAACAGAGGGCAGAACUUCAGGGACAAGUGCUCAGCGCCCAGGAUAAGAUAAGGCAUUCCUGCUGUCAAAUGGACGGCUACAAGCAGUGCGCCAAGGCGGCCGUUCUCGCCCGCUGCGACGCCGAAGCCGCAGAACUCGCCGAGGACAUCAUCGUCAAGGCCGGUGGCUACCUGGUGUCCACCCACUGUUCCGGCUACCGCAUCGACGAGCCAAGCUGCAGCGGCUGUGCAAUGUUCUCGGCCUUGAUGGGACUCGUGCUUGCCUCGCUGCUCCUGCAAGCUUCGCUCUAGACUCGAACAGCGAAGACACCUGCGUUUGUCCUCCUGCUGAACAUGGCGAGGGACCUUCGAUCAAAGGCAUCAGACGACGUCCUCUGCUCGGAUCCGAAAUCAGGCCAAUCUACAAAGUCUCCAGAACUCGCUGCGUUUGGUGGUGCGCGUAUGUGCUCAGGAAUCUCUGAGGACUCGAAACUUUGCGACGGACACGUUAGGCUUAGACGUCAACUCGGUGGGCCUAGUGUACUUGCAGGGCAGAGUCUCCGAGUGUGCUCGAAAGAGGAACAAUAUUGUGGGAGCAUCCUCGGUUCUCAGGCCGGCACCCGUCGGGCGCGCGGCUCUUGCAGCGAAGAGAAUGCUCGGCGUGUCAAGAGGCGAUAAUGCUGUCUAGAGCUUUUUAUAGGCCUAGCUGGACGCUUACAAAUCCAGACGCCAGAAUUCCUUCCAGUAGACUGCCCAGAGUUUGUUGUAAGAUGCGGAGAAUUUCUGGUGCCGCCAGUUCUCACAUUCCCAACCCAGAGGAACUCGAUAGAGCGAGCAGUUUCGGUAUUUCUCUGGCAGCAUCGUUAUCUGUGGAGCUAGAAAAAUCUAGAUAAUUUCAAGGCAGCUGCCAUUCUCCGUCGAUGCUGAGAGAAUCGUACGGUCAGAAAGGACCAAAAGACGACGGAGUGUAAAUACCUUUAUGGCGUAUCUGUUUGCUAAUCAACCAGCUCUUCAUUCAAUGUUGCGCUUGCCGAAGGUUUCGCUUCAUCAAAGUAGUUGCGUCCACAUGAAAUUUUUCACAUUCUUUCGCUGCUUCUAAAAAAAAACAUUUUUCGACGUUGACCGAAGCUAUACUCCGUUUCACCUAAGUACUCCACAGUCGAAGCUGCGAUUCCGUAGAGCCGUCUCAAGCAGCUCCAAAAGUGUAGCGUCACGACGCUGGUUGGUUUGGUGGGUUUGCUAUCAGCGGCAAAACCAAUCAUGCUCAUAACAAAAAAAAAAAAAAAACACAAAAAACGCCGGAUCGCGGCACAUUGACCGUGCGUGAUUGCUUUUGCCGGCGAUGGCAAAUGCGCAAAGAUGAUGAGCAUCAUGACGGUGCACUUUUGACGCAGCUUAAUUUUCUCCGUCAAAUCGGACCGUCGGUCGUGGUCGGACUCAAAAUGAAACCAGACUUUACACUUUAGGAACGUUCAGCCAACCAUGCUCGAAGGAGAGUUGAAGAAAUGCCUCGUUGACAACGCGGUCGGGUUUCUUUAUGUGUCGUUGUUAUGAAAGCCUACAAGAAGGUGUUUUUGUUAGUUAUAAAACUUUUUUUUAUAUAUUUUCAGUUGUUAUAAAGGAUUACGUCAAUGCG